AAACAAAACAAACAAAAAAAAAAAAAAUACACAAAGCCUACUCUAGCCUAAGCCUAAUCUUUUUUAUUGUGUGACCAACCAAUAUAGCAAAACAAAGAACCCAAUAAACGCUGCGCUGCCACCCAUGUGAAAGAGUUCGGAAUUUCGUUAACCGUCAUCGGCGAUAUCAAUUUUGAAAUUUUUGUUUUUUUUUCUGAUCCCUUGUCUCGACGGAUUUGUGACUCAUUGAAUCAGCGUGUGGCGCAAUCGGUCUGUGUCCAAAAAUAAAAAAAUAAAAUGGACCAACUGUGCGGCUUCUCCAAGUCGACAACAACGAAAUAAAUGUACUUUGGCUGGUACCCCUGAGCCCUGAGCCACUUUUGACUCAAUCCAAACGUCAAACACAUUUUAAGUGACUGCGUUACUAUUACCAUCAUCAUCACCAUUUUGCCGGACACUAACCGCACCGGCUGGCUGACUGACUGUCUUGACCCUAAUCGGAUUACGGAAUUAAAUAAGAAUUUCGGUUAUUUUUUGAAGGUCUCGGCUUUUUUUUUCGGAUGCCAAAAUUCCCAAACAAAGAUACAUUUUUUUUUUUAAUGAAUCUUUAUUAACCGGGUACAAGUCAAGGCAUCUUUCAAUUUUGUGUGUGAUAUAUCUUUCAUGAAAGUGACUCAUACAAAUUUUUUUUAAUAAUAAUUCAUCUCCAUUUCAAAUUGUGUUUGAUCAAUAUAUUUCAAAUUCAUAAUCGAUUAACUUUUUUUUAUAAAUAGUGAUUUAUUGUUUAAAAAGAAAUAAAAACCGUUACAUAAUAAUGGCGGCAACAAUUCAAACACAACCCACGCAACAACAGCCAGCGUUAUUGAACACGAAUAACAACAACAACAAUAAAUCGACAAAUCCACAAUUGAAAAGGAUCGUUUAUUCAAAAUAUCGAGAAUUGUUGGGCUCGUACAAUGAUAAGGCAAAUGCGAUUAUUGAUUCCUUACCGGCUUAUAUGGUUAAGGAGGAUCGAGGAUUUCAUUUCGAUCCCCAAAUUAUUGACGCUGUUGAUAAUGUUGUAUAUGGCACACCCCCAGCUCCACCACCUUUAUCUGCCGGCUCAUUACCAUCACAGAGGCUGUCAACACAAAUACCACAAUAUAAUGUUGCAGAGGCACCGGCGUGCGUUCAAAACGCCAUGAUGACAAAAGACAAGAAGCCCUUCACCUAUACCCCCGGUGGUAUUGACUUGUCACAGAUCAAGAGCCAGCGAAUGGCCAAGAGAUUGGCACGAAAUGCCCAAAGUGAAGGCACAACAGGCCAACAACAGAUGCAUCGGCCCACACAAUUGCCAUCACAGCAACAGCACCAAAGUAAUGGCGGUACAGCGCCAGCUGCUGCACAAUUGGGUGCCACAGCAAUGGGUAUGCCAUUCCAAGUGCUGCCAACUGGUCCACCACCUCCACCACCACAGCCCGGCAAAGUUGGGGCACCACCUCCACCACCACCAGCACCUGCAGCACCACAAAAUAAAUUAGCUCCACAAUCAAAUGGAAGUGCACCACGCAGAUCCCCAACUCCACAAAAUUUCGAACCACCACCCAUGGGCUUUCGGCCAGAGAUCAAAAUUCCACCCAAUCCAAUGGCCAGUUUGAAGAAAGUACCACCACCACAGGAGAAGAACAACUUCUGGAUGGAAGAGUAUCGUAAGGAACGUUCGAAAAGUCCCAUGGUUGGUAAUGACGAAAACGAUAACAACUACAGAUCUUCACCACCGAAUAACCCAAAACCUGAAACGAAUCAGUACUCAUACAACAACAAUAAUAAUAAUCAACAACAAAAUGACUAUCAACAGCCCCAACAGAAUCAAUAUCGCGCUCCACAAUCACCACAAGCAAUGCGUCAACAACAACAAGAAUUUUAUAAUCAAAAUCAACCAAGUCCACCAAGAACUCCAGUACAACAGAAACGCAUCGAAAGCCCAUAUCAAACUCAACAAUACUCACAACAACAACAAUCACCAACAAUUCAGAGACAAACUUCACAGUAUGCCCCGCCGCCAUCACCACAAUAUCAACAACAACAACAACAAAAUUCACCACAACAAUCACCAACGAUCCAACGACAACAAUCACAAUCACAACAACAAUAUCAAAACUCUCCACAGCAUUCUCCACAAAUUCAACGACAACAAUCUAUUCCGACGCAACCACAACAACAAUAUCAUCAAAAUUCACCACAACAACAAUCACCAUCAAUUCAACGACAACAAACUGUCCCACAAUCACAAUAUCAAAGCCCAACUUCGCCUCAAUAUCAACAACAACAAAAACAACAAACAUCACCAACACAACAACAAUCAGUGCCAUGGCGUCAACAGAAACAAGUUCCAUUGGGAAUUCAAAAUAAUGUUUCGCGACCAAGAGACGUUAUGAGUCCAGCACCAGCCGAAUCACCUAGACCACAACUCCAACAACAACAAUAUCCAUCUUAUUUGAGAUCUCGUGAAGCACUUAGCCCAGCUCCCGAACAACAACAACAACAAUCACCUCAAUUGUCACAGCCAUAUCAGCAAAAGAAUGCUCAAGUGGGAUCAAUUUAUAUUCCUCCAGUUGUUAAUCAACAACAACAGCAAUAUUCACCUUAUCAAGAUUCACAAGGUUCUAGACAACAACCAUUACAACAACAACAACAAACUCCAAGACAAGCUCCAACUAAUCGAUGGAUGAAUGCCCAAGGCCAACCGGUGGAAAAUCAAACACUAAGUCGCAUUAAAUCACCACCGCCACCACCAACAUCAUCAACUCCUGUUUCAAGUAAUGGAUUUGCAGGAAGUCAUAAUAAUGCAGGCUUGAGAUUGCAAAUUAAUACUAAUACAUCAAGUUCUAAUGGAAAGGAAAGAAUAAUUCCAAUUCAAUUGGAACAAACACCAACUCCAACACGUACACCAUCAGCAGCACCAGGUUUUGGGCCACAACCUUUUUAUAACAGUGCUCAGCAGCAGCAAUAUAGUAGCGUACCAUCUCCACCUAUGAAUCAGGGGACACCAAAUAAUGGACAAAAUUCACCAAAUUACGUUAUUCGUUCGCCAAAUCAAUUUGUGGAUCAAGGCUACAAUCAAUAUACAGGAGUUCAAGAUCAUCCUUCUCGGGUGACAUCACCGCCAAUGCAACAACAACAACAACAACAAUCGAGAAUUAUUCAACAAACAAGUACCUCUGGCGGUAUCAAGACACGCAUUAUACCAAUUGCUGUUGAAUCCGAACCAGAUGGACCACUCAAUCCGAACAAUGCACGUGGACCCAUUUCUCAGCAACCGAUUGUUAUUCAAAAUGAAAACUAUAACCUGUUUGUUCAUGACUGCCCUCUAGAAGCUGAAUUACAAUUUCGAAAACAUCGCCUCAGUGAUCCACGCAAUCAAAAUACAUGGGGUAACGGCGGUGGCAGUGCAACUCCAACCCAAUCGAAGUCAUUUAGAAUUUUGCAAAAAAUCACCGAUACCUCAGAUGAUAGUGCUUUAGAAAAUAAAGCUAUCGAUUCUGAUGGCGGAAGUGUUAGUGGCAGUCAAGAACAUGAGCCACAAUUACAAAGACCAUCUUUUGCUAGACAAAUGACAUCAACUGGUCAAAUAAAUAGUCCAAAUAAUGUGGAACAAAUGAAACGAAUGCAGUUAAAUAACGAACAACAGGUUUAUGCAAAUCGGGCCAGGAAUCAAGAGGAUGAUAAAGAUAAAAAUUUGGAAAAAUCAGCUAAUGGUGAAGAAGAUCCUCGUUAUCGUGGACCUUCAAAUCCUUCGAAAACUUUUAAGAAAUUACAAGGUGCUGUUGAACGUUGUUCACCAAGCAGAACCGAUCAAAACGGCACUCCUCCUGUUAUGAAACAACCUCAACCCAAUAGGUACGUCAGUCAAAGACCAGUUUAUAGCCCAGAUGAACAUUCUCAACAAUAUGUUCAUCCAAGCGAACAACAAGUACCAGAACCGAAAAUCUAUACUGGAAGUGCAAUACCAAGUCGAUCUUUUAAAAUUCUACAAGCUAUGACAACACCAGAGAAUGCUGCCGAGAGUGAUGGCUCGGAUGUUGUUGAAUCAGAUACAUCAAUAAGUGAAUGUCCUUGUCAACAACAGCAACAGCCUCCACCACCAUCCUAUCCAUAUCCCUAUCCUUAUUUACCGCCAUGUUGUGCUCAUACACCACCACCACCUCCAACACAAGCACAACAACAACAACCACCAUCAACUUCCUCAUCUGGCGGUGAUGUUAAUAAUUGGCAAUAUCCCACACCUUAUCAUCCUCAUCCUCAUCCACAUCAUCAUCAUCACCAUCCACAUCAUCAUCCUUAUGCCCAACAUCAUCCACAUCAUCAACAUCAUCCACAUCCACAUCAACACCCUGCAUAUCCAUAUCCCCCUCCAUGUCCAUGUUAUUACUAUAACUUCCCACCCAAUGGUUAUGAUUCGCAAAAUUGUAGUUCGCGUAGUUCGUUGAGUUCUCGUAGUUCGUACAGCAGGGGCAGGUCUCAGUCACAGGAUCUACCGAACAUCAUCAUUACCCCAAGUACUGAUGAUGUUCCACAAGAAAUCCAAAAUGGCGGCAAAGAAAUGCCACGAAAUCAAAGAGAAGGAUCAGUGAUUGAUAUUCUAUCACAAAAACUUAGUGAAAUCUCAAAACCUGGAAGCGACAAAGACCUUAAUAAGACUCAAGGGAAUGAUAAGAAAUAUAACGGCGAUAAGGAUAAAGAGCUUAAAAGUUCAUCUUCCACAGUUAAAUCUGAGAAUGAGAAUGAUAAAGUAUCUUCCGAAGAUAGUUCUGAUGAUCUGAUGUCAUCUUCAUCUGAUCCGACAAGUUCUAGUUCGGAAGAGUGUAUUGAAGAACGGUCAAAUGAUGGUCUUCAAGCCAUUCGAUCAGUAUCAAAUAUACAGUUUUACAACAACAAGAAGAUUAGGGCUGAAUCUGAAGAUGACGAUCGUACAAUUGCUGGUGACGAAAGUAUGGUAUUUGAUGAAGAAGAAGAGGAAGAAAUUAUCGGUGAAGAACUUGAAUAUGAUGAAGAAGAAGUUUUAAUUGAAGAAAUCGAUUCAGAAGAAGGUGAAGAAGAAGAAGAAGAAGAAGAGGUCUACGAAGAAGAUGAUAUUAUCAUAAUGGACGAUCUGAGUGUGAUUUAUGAAGAAAAUGAAGCAGAUUUGAUCAGUCCUAGACCUUCUAGUCGUAUCAGUUCGAGUGUAAGUGAAACAUCUACUUUAGCAAAUGAUGAAUGUGAAGAAGAAGCAGCAGCAGAAGAAAUAUCUAUCAAAAAAGAAGACGAUGAAGAAGAUAACUCAAAUUCUGUAACUGUUCGUUUGCCAUUGAAAUUUUCAUUUAGUCGUUCGUCAAAUGAUGAAAAUAUUGCAACAGUUGAAGUUGGUAAUAGUCAGAUUGAAGAUAGGGGAAGAUCAUUUAGUAUUGCAUCAGUUGAUGUAGAACCUGAAACAGCUGAUUAUGAAACUGAUUCACAAGAUUGUGAUGUAAGUGUUACGAUAAGUUUGAGUCGUUCAAGUGAGUCGGUGGAUAAAAAAUUCUUAAGUCCAUCUCCAAUAUCACAUAUAGCUGCAGAAGUAAUUAAAGAAGAAGCAAAAGAAGAAGAAGCAAACAACGUGAUCGAAUCUGAAGAUGAAGAUGUUUCGGUUUCAUUUUCGUUACCAAUGAGGAACAAAUUUAUGGAUCAAACUUGGAGUGGUGAUCUUACAAAUAAUAUUUCUAUGAUUGAAGAGAAGACAAGUGAAGAUAACAAUGGAAAAGAAGAAGAAGAUAAAGAAACAGCAGUAGAAACUUGGAGAAAAAAUAAUAGUAUAUUUGAAGAAAGCGAUGAAAAGAAAUCAAUUGAAAAAACCAGCAGCAGCACAAGUGAAGAUAAGAACAAACAAGAUGAAGAUAACUCAAAUAAAUCUUCAAUAGAAAAUCAAAAUGAAGAUGAAGAUGAGGAAGAAGAUGACGAAGAAGAAGAAGAUGAAGCUGAUUCAAAAUCAGAGGAAGAACUAGACUUUUGGGCAACAUUACAAGCGACAAGAAAAGAAGCACAGAUGUUCCUUGAAAAAACUGCAGGUUAUUGGGGCAAGUCAGUCGAUGGUAAAGAAAAACCUGAACCAUCUUCAAAUGAGAUUUCAAAUCAAAAAGAUGAAGAAAAAGAUGAAGAUUUCUGGACAAAUAUUCGUGUUAAAAAAGAAGAACCACAAGAAAAGAAGGAAACUAAACCCAAAUUAAAGAAGAAGAAGAAAAUUAUUAAGAAGGUUAAAGUAAAAGAACCAGAGCCAGAACCUGAACCUGAAAUUAAAUUGACAAUUAUAAAACCUCCAAACGCUAAUAAUAAAUCAAAAGUUGUUGAAUCUGCUAUACAAAUGAUUCAAGAAAAAACGAAGAAACCAAAGAAAUUGGUCAAACAAGUUAGUAAAGAAGAAGUUAAAGCUACAAAAACAGUGCUGGAAAAUGAGAUUGUUCAAAUUACUAAAGUAGUUGAAGAAGAGAAGAAAAUUAUUGAAGAAGCAAAAAUUCGAAGAGCAUCGCUAUGUAAGGCUAAAUCAAUUGAUGAACCAAAAAUUGAAGAAGUUGUUGUUGAAGAAAAAAAUGAAGAAGAAGAUAAAAAGAGUAAAUAUGUUAGAGAGAAAGCCGAAUUGAAGACACAAAUUUUGAAUCAGAAAUUCGCUAAGGCUUUUGUGAUUCCAAAUAAGCCUCCACUAAUGAAGGGAGUUUUAAGUGAAGUACAGUGUGAAGAACAGAUAACGAAAACCUUAAUUAUUAAUGAAGUGAAGAAAAGUGAAGCAUCGAUCUCAAAUCGUACUGAAGAGCUUGUUAAAGCAAAGGUGGCUGUAUCAAAUGAAGCAUCGAUCUCAAGUAAUGUUACCAAAAUUGAAGAAAGAAAGAAUAGCAUACCAAUGUUGCUUGUUUCUCAUGAUAUGGAAGAAAAUUCAGCUAAUACAAAUGUGAUAGAAGAACCAAAGAAACUGGUGAAGAAGAAAAUUACAAAAACGAAGACAGUUGAAGAAGAAAGCGAUGGAAAUUCGUUGAAACCACCAACGAAAAAAAUUGUGAAAAAAUCUACCAAAGAACCAAAGAAAAUCAAAAAGAAGAAAGAAGAUACCAAUUUGGAAACGGAGAAAAAUGAAGAACCAAAAGAAACUGAAGAUAAAAAUAUUGUUUCAAAGAAAUCAUCUUUAGAAAUUGAAAAAGAAAAAACUAAAAUAAAAGAAGAAGACAAAAUUGAAAAGAAAACUGAAUCUUCAACUAUUGUUGAAGGCAAACCUGUAAAAACUGAAGAAACUGAAGAACCCGACUUUUGGGCAGAAAUUGAAUAUUCAAAAAGCAAAGAUAAUCUACGAAAAAUGCAAGAAGAAGAAAAACCAAUGGCAACCGAUCCUUGGGCAAAUGUUAAAACUCCAAAAGAAAGUGAAGAACCAGUCUCUAAGACCAAAGAAACCGAUUUCUGGGCUGAAAUUGAUGAAACUGUCACAGCUAAGAAUUUACCCAAACUAAAAUCUCUAGAUAAAGAACCAGACUUUUGGGCUGACAUUGAUUUGGUUAAAUCUAAAACAGAACAAACUACAAAGUCGCAAACUUUGGUUGAGUCUUCCAAGGUCAAGACUCAACAGAAAGUAUUAGCGGAACAACUUCAAACUUUGGAAUGGUUCAAUAUUGAAUCAUUUGUGGCUAAGCAUGUACAGAACACUGAAAUACAAACACCAAUUGUAAUGAAUGGAUAUUGUAACUACUGGGAAGAAAAAAUUGAAAAGCCAGUGAUGAAGAAAGAAGAUAGCCAAGAAACUGAUUUUUGGCUUGAAAUUGAAUCAAACAAAGUGAAGAAGGAAUUAAAAACAGAUGAAUCUUCAGUUACAAAAAUAAAAUCAAUAGAAAUUCAAGAGCUGAAACCUAAGAAAAAGUUGAAGAAAUCCAUUUCAGCUACAGAAACUGAAACAGAAAUAGAAUCAACCAAGUCCAAAACGAAGAAGAAGAGUUCUAUAUCUAAAGAUGAUGAAUCUUCCAAAAAAUCUGAUAGUGAUCUUCCAUUAAAGAUAAAGAAGAAAACUUCCAUACCCAUGGAAGAUUCAACAGAUGUCAAACCAAAAACCAAGAAGAAGAUUUCAACGCCCGAUGAAGAAUCAACAAAGCUAGAUAUUGAAGCAUCAUUGAAGAUUAAAACAAAAAAGAAGUCAAAAACUAGUGAAGAUAUUGAUAAUGGUGAAAAACGUUCAUCAAUCAAAUCAAAAACUAAGAGAAAACCCUCCGUAACAUCUGAAGAUGAAACAACCUUAUGGGCUUCUUCCAAGUCAAAAUCUUCUUCAAAAACAUGUAAUCUUCAAGUCUACAGUGAUUAUGAUAUUGAAUUGAUUCAUGCCGAUCCAGAGCCAAUAUUUUAUCCCAUACACUCAGAACCAGAAACAGGUAUUAGCUUUUGGGCAACAGUUAGUUAUGCUGAAGAAGAGAUCUUAGAAGAAAAAGAAAUCGAUAUUUGGGCAGAUAGGGAGGCUGAAGGUAAUUCAGAAAUUGAUACUGGUAAAAUAGAUUUUUGGGUAACUCAAAGAAAAUUCCAAGCAAACAGUAAUUUCGUUAAAGAUAAAACACCAUCGAAGAUCAAUCGUCAGACUGAAGAAAAUGAUUUCUGGGCUGAAACGAAAAAUAGUAAUUUUGUUGAAGAUAGAACACCAGUGGUUAUCGAAGAACCAGCUGAAGAAAUUGAUUUCUGGGCCAAACCCGAAAGAAAAUGUGAAGAAACUAAUUAUUUUGUUGUAGAUAGAAUGCCACUAAAGAAUGAAGAACCAGCUGAAGAAACUAAUUUCUGGCCCAAGCCUCAAAGAAGAUUCGAAGACUAUACGCAACAGGAAAACAUUGAAGAACAAACUGAAAAUCAAGAUUUCUGGUCUAAAACUAGAAAAUUCGAAUCGAAGAGUAAUUUUAUUGAAGACCAAACAACACAGAUGAUCGAACAACCAACUGAAGAAGUUGAUUUCUGGGCUGAAAUUAAAGGGCCUGAUGCAACUAAUGAAGAACCAUCUCAAAUUGAUGAAUGUGAACUUAAACGAAAUAAUUAUAAAAAAGCAAUGGCAUUCUUCACCAAUACUGUAAAUGUUGAGAAGAAAAAAGAACCUAGAAAAUUUGUUCCACUGACAGAUGAAGAACCACCAUCGUGGUCAUGGAGAGCUUCCGAAGAGCCUGAAUGGCAAGUUCCUGAACAACGUCAAACAAACAAAGAAGAAGAAGUACUUCUAAUUGUUGAAGAUAAUGAAACAACAGAAGAUGAGCCAGAAACUUUAGUAGAAAAUCAUCACUAUACAAUUGAAGAUACUCGUAGCUAUAAUCAUCAUCAACAUGAACAACAACAAAAUGAAGAAGAAGAAUCACAAAGUUCAGAAAGUAUAAGUGACUCGACACCAAAUCACUUCCAAAUUGAACAUCUUUAUCCAAAACCUGAGCCAGAACCUUUCAAACCAAAAGAAAAGUCAAAUGAAUCGGUGAGUAAUCAAGCUUCUGAAGAAUCGAAGAUCUCGGUAAAAGAUCGAAUCUUCGCUUUUGAAACUGGUACAGUUGAUCCACCAGCAUCAUCAUCAUCAACUAAAGCAGCUAAAACGACUUCCCUAAGUGUCGAUAAUACAUCUCCAAAUCUAAGUCGAAAUAGCUCUCAACGAUCUGAGUCAGAAAUCGAAGAAGACGACUCUGGAGUUACCGACAUGAAUAAACCACUUUCCGAAACUGAUACAGAAUCUGAAAGUUUCCCUGAACUCCGCAAAAUGUCCCCCUAUCAACGUGCUUCCACACAUUCCAGGCUUUUUAAGCUUCUUCAAGAUGAUGAAGAUGUUAUCGAAGAAGAGCGAGAACCCGGUGACACAGAAACUCUCGAAGCUGAAUUCAAUUUCAAACCUCGCAAGAAAAUCAUCCACAAUGUUUCGAUAACACGAAAACAAAAUCCCAAAGCUUUGCAAGAAGCUGAAACUGUUUCUCAACGUCGACAAAGACUCUCGCUGCCGCUAAGAAAAAAUCAAAGUAUCGAUGCGGAUAAUCCAUCUUCACCAAAUUCUCCAGCUUCACCAAUACAUGGUCAACAAUCUCAGCCAAUUAGUGAUAAACUUGUCAAUGAACUUAUUCAAAGUUUGCUUUUGAAAAAGAGUAGCUCUACGUUGAAGAAUCUUCCUAUGGAAAAGCUUCAAGCUGCUGCCAAAAGGGUUUUGGAAGAAGAACUUGAUUCUUUGGACAAUACCUCGCUGGAUUCUACACCUGCUUUAACACCUCAAGAAUUCAAAAAUGAAUCGUAUGCUGAUUACUAUGAUACAUGGAAUUCCUCAAAAAUCGAUUCAGAUAGUUCAGCGACAAAUGGAAGUUUUGAAAUAUUGCCAUCGAAGGCGUUCAAAGUUUUACAAGAAACUGCUGGUUCGGUGAAGAGAAAACCCUGGUCGGUGCGGUGUCCUCGGGUUUUGAGUUCAAAAACUGUGAAUAGAGAUCUGGCCCGCGUUACUGAAUCACCAGAAAUUGUCAGCCGAUGUAGUCGAUCACCUGAAAUGUUUAGCUCGGAUAGAGCAAGUUCAGUUGGUAGAUGGAAAAAGGUUUAACAGGCAAUAUUGUUUAUAUAAGAAGAAAUUAUAAGAAACAAAAAUUCUAUGACUGAUGGACCUGUGAAAGUCCCUUUCCGAUGCAUUUAUUUGUAGGCCAGUUAGAUUGGUUGUAAAUUUUUUUGUUUGUUUGCAAAAAAAAAUCCUAAAGGUUGCCAUCCCUCUAAAUAGACAAACAAGAUAAGUCUUCAAGAAACUAUUAAAAAAAAAAAAAACGAUCUCUUUUGGUUUGCUAAAAAAUUGGCAGUUUUCUUAAAUCUAAUUUCUGAAAUCUGAUCCUUAAAGACUGAUCAGAUAUAUAAAUUAUUUGUUGUUUUUUUUUUGUAUAAAAGUGAAAUAUUAUAAAUUUUUCAUUGAAAUUUAGGAUCUACAAACAAAAUUAUUAUUCAUUUGGGCUAGAAAAUUGAAUUUUCAGCAAUCCAGGUAGGUCAAAAACACCAUUUUUGACGUUUGAAAAAAUGAAGCGAAUCAUUUUAAUAUUUAAAAAUAAGAUGCUGAUUACUAGAAAAACAAUGUAUUCAGUUGAAAAAGAGAUUUUUUUAACUCUUUUUAAAUUCAUAAUUUUAUUUUAUAAGCAAAUCAUUAAGUUUAAAAAUAUUAACAAAUUCGAAAAUUCUUAAUUGAGAACACACUUUUGCAUUGUUCAAGAUAAAACUUCAACAUUAAUUCGAUACUUAUAUCAGAACAUCCACUUUUAAAUGACUCCCAUUAAUAAAAAAAAAAUAGCAACAAAAGAAUAUGCCAACAACAACAAAAAUGAAACAUUAAACAAAUUAAAACAAAAAAAAAAA